GCCAGGGGGCGGGGCGUCGUCGGCAGUAAACAAGGAACGGACCAAUCAGAGAGCUCGGUGGGACGUUAUUCCGCUGCCACUCAGGCCUUUAUAAACUUUGUGUACCUCGGUAUAAGGAGGCUGUUUUCUCCUUCAUCUGCUGCUUCAAACUAUUCACAUAGGAAGACACUAUGCUGCCUCUAGCUGUGUUGGCAGUGUGCCUGAGCGCGGCCCUCUCAGCCCCCAGUCUGGAUCCACAGCUGGAUGAUCACUGGGACCUGUGGAAGAGCUGGCACAGUAAAAAAUACCACGAGAAAGAGGAGGGCUGGAGGAGAAUGGUAUGGGAGAAGAAUCUGAAGAAGAUUGAGCUGCAUAACCUGGAGCACUCCAUGGGCAAACACCCCUACCGCCUGGGCAUGAACCACUUUGGCGACAUGACUCACGAGGAGUUCAGGCAGAUCAUGAACGGCUACAAACCGCGCAAAACAGAGAGAAAGUUCAAGGGAUCCCUGUUCAUGGAGCCCAACUUCCUGGAGGCCCCACGUGCUCUGGACUGGAGGGAUAAGGGCUACGUCACUCCCGUUAAAGACCAGGGUCAGUGUGGUUCUUGCUGGGCUUUCAGCACCACCGGAGCUCUGGAGGGUCAGCAGUUCAGGAAGACUGGCAAACUGGUGUCGCUGAGCGAACAGAAUCUGGUGGACUGCUCCAGACCGGAGGGCAACGAGGGCUGCAACGGCGGUCUGAUGGACCAGGCCUUCCAGUACGUCAAGGACAACCAGGGCCUGGACUCUGAGGACUCCUACCCUUACCUGGGAACGGAUGACCAGCCAUGUCACUACGACCCCAACUACAACUCCGCCAACGACACCGGCUUCGUCGACAUUCCCAGCGGCAAGGAGCGCGCUCUGAUGAAGGCUGUGGCCGCCGUGGGACCUGUCUCAGUCGCCAUCGACGCCGGACACGAGUCCUUCCAGUUCUACCAAUCAGGAAUCUACUACGAGAAGGACUGCAGCAGUGAGGAGCUGGACCACGGCGUGCUGGUGGUGGGUUACGGCUACGAGGGAGAAGAUGUGGACGGCAAGAAAUACUGGAUCGUCAAGAACAGCUGGAGUGAAAAAUGGGGAGACAAAGGCUACAUCUACAUGGCCAAAGACAGAAAGAACCACUGUGGAAUUGCGACGGCGGCCAGUUAUCCUCUGGUCUAACGUUUGCACGGCUCCACUUCGUAGCACCAUAGUGUUUUUUUAUUGCAAUAGUUUGACUGGAGACGAAGGAAGGAGGAGGCUUCAGUCCAAGCGACACAUUGACAGGAGAUUCUGCGAUGUUUUUAUGAGGAGAAACACUGUUGUUUUUAGGGAAAAAAUGGCGCCAUUUUGUUUUGGCUGGUUUUAUGCCACUUUAUUUUGUCUGAAAAGAUUUUAGUGUAGCGUUUAUUCUUUGUAAAUAUGUGUAUGCUACUUGGUGAGUGAGACGUUAACACUUGCUUCGGUCAUUGUAAAUGAUUUUUUUUCUACUUUUACUGUGAUCAAUUAAAGUUGUGAAACACUA